AGGUGCAUACUCUGAUCCAGCAAUGUGUGUAGUUCAAUGCACCCGAAACUUGAGUCGCAUCAGUAAAAAUCUUUUUCCCGCAUUUGAAGUAGCAUCUAGCAAAUCCAGAAAAAGAAAAGCAGGGAAAAACUCUAGUAGAAUGAAUCAUGUUUCUGAUGGUCCAGGACAUGUCACUCAGAAAAAGCGAGCUGGUAUGCCACAUGGACUUUCAAACAGUCACAAGAGGCUUGGGAAGGUUAAUGGAGAUAAUUAUGAUUAUAACGACACCUGGGUUCAGUGUGAUGCUUGCUGCAAGUGGCGGAAGCUUCCAGAAAGUAGUAGUUCUGAUGCUAGUGCAGCAUGGUUUUGUAGCAUGAAUGCCGAUCCUUUCUACCAGAGUUGUAGUGUUCCUGAAGAAUCCUGGGAUAAUUGCCGGCCAAUAACAUAUUUACUGGGAUUUUACACAAAGGAGACAUCUGGAGGAGAGGAACAAAACGUUUCUUUCUUCAUCAGUGUACUUAAAGAGCAUUAUGCCUUGAUAAACUCCAUAACAAAGAAAUCCCUAAAUUGGUUGGCUAAACUUCCUUCUGACAAGCUCUCAGCAAUGGAGACAAUUGGUUUGCGAAGUCCUUUCAUAAGCACCUGUGUAACGCCUGGUGAGGAUGCCUAUGGGUUUCAAAAAAUAUUUCAAGCAUUUGGUCUCAAAAGAAGAGUAGAAAAGGGUGUUAAUAGGUGGUAUUACCCACGAAAUCUUCACAAUAUGAGUUUCGACGUUGCUGCUCUCAGAAUCGCUCUUUGUGCACCAUUGGAUUCAGUUAGGCUGUAUCUUUCAAGAGCAACCCUAAUUGUUGUUCCAACCAACUUAGUUGAUCAUUGGAAAACCCAAAUCCAGAAGCAUGUAAGGCCUGGUCAGCUACGGGUUUAUUUUUGGAAUGACCAUAGGAAGCCUUCUGCACACAGUCUAGCUUGGGACUACGAUGUUGUCAUAACCACAUUCAAUCGUUUAAGUGCAGAGUGGGGCCCUCGUAAGAAAAGUGCAUUGAUGCAAGUGCAUUGGCUUAGAGUCAUGUUAGAUGAGGGGCAUACCCUUGGCUCAAGUCUUAGCUUGACAAACAAAAUGCAGAUGGCAGUUUCGUUGAUGGCUUCAAACCGUUGGAUAUUGACUGGAACUCCAACUCCUAAUACACCCAACAGUCAGCUGUCGCAUCUUCAACCAUUGCUUAAGUUCCUUCAUGAGGAAGCUUAUGGGAAGAAUCAUAAGUCUUGGGAAGCUGGGAUUCUUAGGCCUUUUGAAGCAAAAAUGGAAGAAGGACGAUCUCGUUUGUUGCAUUUACUGCAUAGGUGCAUGAUUAGUGCAAGAAAGGUAGAUUUGCAGACUAUUCCACCCUGCAUCAAGAAAGUUACUUAUCUUGAUUUUACAGAGGAGCAUGCAAGAAGUUACAACGAAUUGGUAGUUACAGUGCGGCGCAAUAUAUUAAUGGCUGACUGGAAUGAUCCUUCUCAUGUUGAGAGUCUUUUGAAUCCAAAACAGUGGAAAUUUCGAAGUACAACUAUUGGAAAUGUCAGACUAUCUUGCUGUGUGGCUGGGCAUAUAAAAGUAACAGAUGCUGGUGAAGAUAUUCAAGAAACUAUGGAUAUUCUAGCUGAAGAUGGUCUAGAUCCCACGUCUGAGGAGUAUGCUUUUAUAAAAUAUAAUCUCCUUUAUGGUGGCAACUGUAUAAGAUGCAAGGAAUGGUGUCGGUUACCUGUCAUUACACCAUGUAGGCAUCUUUUGUGCCUCGAUUGUGUUGGUUUGGACAGUGAAAGGUGUACAUAUCCUGGCUGUGGUCACUUAUAUGAGAUGGAAACUCCGGAUGCACUAACUCGGCCAGAAAAUCCCAAUCCUAAGUGGCCUGUUCCCAAAGAUCUUAUUGAGUUACAACCCUCAUAUAAACAGGAUAACUGGGAUCCUGAUUGGCAGUCAACAUCUAGCAGUAAAGUCACCUAUGUUGUACAGAAAUUGAAAGCACUGCAGGAAGCUAAUAGCAAUGUUGAUUGCCCUCCGGAUGACAACAAUAAUGCCAUGCGCACUGACAAUUUAGUUUGUCUGUCUGAGAUGAGCAAUUCAAAAGGACUGAGGCAAGUUCAUGACUUUAAAAGGACCACCAAGACUCAUGAAACAAAUUUGGAAAAAGUUUUGGUAUUUUCUCAAUUUCUUGAGCAUAUACAUGUUAUUGAACAGCAGUUGACCAUUGCUGGUAUUAAAUAUGCUGGGAUGUAUAGUCCAAUGCAUUCUAGCAACAAGAUGAAGUCACUGGCGAUGUUCCAGCAUGAUGCUAGUUGCACGGUUCUUUUGAUGGAUGGAAGUGCUGCACUGGGGCUCGAUCUGAGCUUUGUAACACAUGUAUUUUUAAUGGAACCAAUAUGGGACAGAAGCAUGGAGGAACAAGUUGUUAGUCGUGCUCAUCGGAUGGGUGCUACUCGUCCAAUACACGUGGAAACUCUUGCAAUGCGCGGUACAAUUGAAGAGCAAAUGCUGGAGUUCUUACAGGAUGCUGAUGAGUGCAGAAGAUUUUUAAAGGAGGAGGUUGGAAAAUCUGACCCUAAAGGGGCACGAACUCGCCGUUCAUUACAUGAUUUUGCUGAGAGCAAUUAUCUGUCUCAAAUUAGCUUUGUGCGGACAAAUCCUAUGUAAAGGUUUGUGCAUGAUGUUUUAUGGCAUAUCAUUGUGCUAGAUCUCUGUGUGAUACCUUGAAUUAGCAUAAAAUACACGUGCUGGCUUUGGGACAGCAAUCGUGGUUGACAUUUGUGUUUUGUGAGGAUAGUUUUAUUGUUGGAAGUUUUCCCUCCCUCCCCCGUCUGUUGGAUAUGGAAAAAUCUAGAAUAUAACUUUAUGC